AUGGCGAAACAAAACUAUUCUGAGGAAGAGAUUAGGCUUAUUCUUGAACAAUCUGAUGAUGAAGGGCAAGGACAGGUUCAAGAAACACAAGAUAUCGACGGCUCUGAUGUUGAAGGUGAACUUGAGGCUGUAGAGGUAAAUGAGUAUGACAGUGGCUCAGAAGUUUCAGUAGAGGAUGUAGACACCAUGGAGGUUGAUGAUACAGAGAACGAUUUUGUAUUUUUUAUUGGAAAAGAUGGUGAAACCAUUUGGAGUUCUAAGUCCCCCGUGCAAAAACGUUCAAGAGUACCAGCGAAAAAUAUUAUAAAAUUUACUCCUGGUCCAACUCGAAUUUGCAAAGAUACUCGGAGACCUAUUGAUGCAUUUCUCAAAUUUAUAAACCUAGAUUUGAUUGAUAUUAUUGUCGAAUGUACAAAUACUUUUAUUGCUACAAAAAGAGCACAAGUAAAAUACUCUAGAGAUAGAGAUUGCAAAGACACGUCUCGUGAUGAAAUUAUGGCUGUUUUUGGUAUAUUGUUCCUUAUCGGUGUGAAGCACGGAAAUCGUGCAAACUGUAAAGAAUUGUGGAAAGAUGAUGGAACAGGUAUGUUGAUCACAAGAGCAACAUUUAGUUACAAGCGAUUUCUUUUCUUACUUCGAACAAUCAGGUUUGAUGAUUUGUCUACUAGAGCGAAGAGAGAAAAAACUGACAAACUUGCUGCUAUUAGAUGUGUAUACAAAAUAUUUUUGGACAACUGUAGAAAUAAUUAUAGCCUUAGCGAGUUCACAACAAUUGAUGAGAUGUUAUUCGCAUUUAGAGGACGAUGUGGUUUCGUUCAAUAUAUGCCGCAAAAACCAGCCAAAUACGGACUGAAAUUUUAUGGGCUGUGUGAUAGNCUAAAACACACUACCCGAACUUUACGCACAUACGCACUUUUUGUACUCGAAAAUUUAUUUAUUUUUUAA